AUGAUCCAAGUUUCAUUAAAAGAAACAGCAGAAUAUAAGGUUUCGCUCAUUCAGGAGAAAAAUCAGCUCAAACAGAAACCCACGAUACAGUUCCUAGGAAAUGAAGGGCAAUUAUCCUUCCCAUCAUCACAAUCCAGCCAUGGAACCACAAAUUUCACCUUUAGUCUUUCUGGAAGUGAGGACAUUGAGGGUUCUCAGGGCGGAUUUGAAUGCAUUCAACAAACUGGGCAAAAAAGCUUGGAGAGUUUGGGUGCCUUACAAUGUAAAAUGCGGAUACAGGCAAAUGAUGAUGUCUACGAAACUACCAGGCAUCGCAUGGCUGUUGCCGAAGAAAAUAAUAAAAAUAAAUGUACAAGGAUAAUCAAGCCUAAUGGACCGGAUAUUGGACGUAAAGUCAAGGUGAAAGGAACUGUUAGAACAACACCUCUAACAACAUCUACAAAUGUUAAACAACGUGAAUCAACGAGCAAUUCAACUUCCGGUAUAAAUUUGUCCAGGUUCUCGUCUUCUUCUUCUUCUUCUUCUAAUUCUUCUUCAACAACAACCACAAUUUCUUCUUCUUCAACCUCUUCGUAUAAAUCAAUUUCUCGUAAUCCACCAUCUAUUUCCCGAAGUAAAACUGACAAGCAGGUUCCAGACAUUGCACGUACACCAAUUAGAGAGCGACUUAUUCACCUCCUUGCGUUAAGGCCAUACAAGAAACCUGAACUCUAUGAACGUAUAAAUAAAGAGGGUGUAAAGGAUAAAGAUCGCAGCAAAAUGUUUGAGCAUUUAAAGGAAAUUUCCUUCAUCAGAGAUAACGCUUAUCAUUUGAAAAGGAGCAACUGGAAUGACGUACAGGACAAUUGGAUCCACUAUUCCGAGCAGGAAAAAGCCAUUCUCAAGAGACGGAAACCUCAGAACUUGACACCACCUGGUUCAAGUGACGGUGGUUCUAGUGGGAGUGGUCAGUCGCCAAGCUCAGUUCAUCCAGGAUCACCUCCGGCAAUAACAGCCCCACCACCGGCUCUUUUAAAUUCAAAACGACCAGGAUAUUAUGAGGGUAACGAUGGCUUACAAACAAAGAAACCACGAAUAUCACAUUAUCGAAAACCUGAACCUCUUUUUGUGAAUCACGGAGACAAUCGAAGGACGACUGAUGGAAAUUAUAAUAAUAGUGGCGAUAGUCGUGUGAAUAGUGCCGAUCAUCGAUUUAAUAAUAAUAAUAAUAAUAGUGCUGACAGAGUCUCCGAUAGUGUUAAUAGUGUCGAAAGUCUCGGCGGAAAUAUUAAUAAUAAUAUUAAUAGUAGUAGUAAUAGUGGUAGUAGUGGUAGUGCUAGUUGCAAUAGUAGAAGCAAUUUAUUUGCCGGGGAAACCAGCAAUUGGAGUCAGAGGCAACAGAAUCGCCUCAACAGUGCCGAAAGAACAACUAAUAACGAAGUGCUUCGUAAUAAUAAUAGUAGUAAUAAUAGUGGUGGUGGUGGCCAAUAUGCCACUUCAGUUUUGUGCCUAUCAGAUAGUGAUAGCGAUGAUGAUCAAAAUCAUGUGCAACAUCCCAAGAACGACGAACGUAGUAGCAACAGCCAUGUGAUGAAUAGUAGUGACCAACUUCGAAAUGUAACCUAUACAAAUUCUCAAAUUAAUUAUACUGAAUCGCCAAUGAGUCCCGAUCCUUCCAACAAUGUUACCAACAACGCUUCAACCCAAACGGCUAACGCUUCCAAUUCACAUGAAGAAUAUCCUGACUACCUCACUUAUUAUACGAAAGUCAGCAGCGACGAACAAAGGAGACGCUACAAAGAGGAAUUCAACAAUCUUUAUUCGGAAUAUAGAGAAUUAUACGAAUUCGUUAACCCAGUAAAGAGUCGAUAUUAUAAGUGGCAGCAGCAAUUUAAUGAAGUGAAAGCUCAGGGAAAUUUGCAGGAACUCGAGAUAAUAAAGAUAAACAUUUUGAAAGAUUACAAUAUAAUGAAUAAUGACCCGGUCUUCAAGCAACGUAACACGAGACACGAUUAUUUACAUGGAAAAUUGCGUCACUUAAAGAAUUUGGUUGAAGAAUAUGAUGCGAAGCAUUUCGGUGUUAAUAAUAGUAGUACUAGUAGUAGUAAUAACAAGACGACUCUUCAUGGCAAAGAAAAUCAGAACUACUGACACAAACUAAAAAAAUCGCAUCUCGUCCAUCGCUUCUUCUCCAUUGUCAGUACCACAGUCUCAAUGAUGUUCAUGCAAAACUCGCAUUUCUUUUGGCAUCUUUAUAAUGAAUAAAAAGAAUUCAAUUGAAAAUUAUUCCAAAAAAAAGAAAAAAAAAAAAAAUUAGUCGAAAAAAAAUGUGUCUUUUUUUAUAUUUUUCAAAGUUGACUGAAAACAAAAAAUGUUCACGUUAUUUUUCCGAUAUAAAAUAAUAUUCAAAGUGUGCAAUUUUAAAGUGACGGCGAAUUCACUUUUUGAUAGAAAACCUGCAGCCAUGAAGGAAAAAUAAUUUUCGAUAAAAAGAAAUUUUUUUUUUGGGAAACAAUAAUUUUUUUAGAGAGAAAGAGAGAAAAAGAGUGAGAGAGAGAAAAGAAAAAGAAAACUGAAGAAUUUUACUUUGGACGUUGUAACCGAUCCUUCGACAAUAUCAGUCCGUUCACGUGCAAUUAGCAAAAAAAAAAAAAAGUCUGAUGACAAUCAGAAAGCCGACGUUAUCAUGUUGGAACACUCCAUCCUUGAAAAAAAGCUGCGUCUCGUCCAAAAGACUGUCCAAACGUAAAGCAAAAAGAAGAGAAAGGAAAAUUGUUAAGUCUUAUGUACGUAAGUUUAUUUACAUCGCGCACGUCCAGAGUGUCUCGUCCAGUUAAAAAAAAAUUAAUAAAUAAUAAUUUGACUGAAAAAGAAAAAAUAAAAGCUUUCGUGAUUUCCGAAAGUGUGAAAAAAAGUUAACUUCUCGAAAGUGGAGCACUUUGUUUCUUUAUAUGAAAUAAUUGCGAAAGUAUGAUGCGUCAUAUCAUUGAAAAUGUUAAACGUGUCCAGAUAUUUAUCUUAGUUGUAUUGCCUUAGUUCAAGGUUUUUCCAAGGCAGUUUCUUUUUCAAUCUUUACUUAGGAUUUUUGAGAGAGAGAGAAAGAGAGAGAGAGAGAGGGAGAAAAAAAACACACACAAAAUAAUUAAUUUAUUAAAAAAAAAAAAAAAAAAGAAAUUCUUGAGACGUAAAUGUGAAAAAAAAGAUUCCGUGCGUUUUAAAAAAAAACAAAAAAAAAAAGAAGAAGUGCUACAGGAGAAGGGUUGAGUUUUAUUAGUGGUUAUUAUACAUUUUAGUAAUAAUUGUUUUUUAAUUUUAAAACAAAAAUUUAGACAAUAAUAUUUGAGUUUUUGUGUGAACUUUUUUAUUCACAUUUUUUCACGUCCACAUCUCUUAAAUAGAAGAGAAGAAAAUUUUUUUAUUGCGAUUUGCUUAAAAAUUAAUAUGUUAUUGCAUAUCACGUCUUUCAAAUCUUCUUCUUCUUCUUCUUCUUCUUCUUCUUAAUAUCAAAUUCCAUCUGAGCUUUUGAAUUUUAAAGGAGGGAAGGGGGGUAAACAAAAAAUUCUCGUCUAGCUACAAAAGUAUACACUAUCAUUAUGCGAUUAUUUUGUUUGUUUAUAUUUUUAAUUUUUUUUUUAAUUGUAAAAUAACAUUGAACGUAAAAAAAUAUAGAAACUAAAUUUAAAAUUUCUUCCUCUUUAUUUCUUAAAAAAAACUGAUAUUAAUUUUUUAAUUAAAUAUUUGAACGUUUUUCCAAAAUAUCUGGAAACUGAAAUAAAAAAGAAGUUUUCUUUUACGCAUUGUUAUUUUUCAAUAAUCCAAAAAUUGUUUUUUCGCAUAAUUUCCAAACACAAUGUGUAUUACUUUAGCGAGAGUUUGUGAUUUUGACAAUAUAUAUAUAUGUAUAUAUAUUUCGCUCUUGUUGUGUUAAAAUUUGUUUUCUUUGUCUCAUUAAGAAAAAUUUCAAUCAAAAAAAUUGAAAUCAAUUUCAAUCAAUAAACUGAUGAAAUAGAAAGGGUAAAAAGAAAAUUCGAAAAUUUUCAAAAAAGCUAGCCAGAGUCGGUAUAGCAAAGACGAGAAAUGGCAGAGUAGAAAGCGAAAAAGCAAAUAAAUUUUGCUAUUAAAAAAAAAAAUGUUGAAUGUAAUGAGAGAAAAAAAAGUAUAAUUUACAAUACGACUGAUGUAUUCGAGUGUUACUUUUCAAGAUCGCCCUACGAUUAACAAAAAAAAAAAAAUCACGGCAAUGAUCGAAAAAAGGAUACUCUUGUGUCCAAAAUUCUUGUAUAUCGUGUAGAGUAUAUAUAAAAAAAAAAAUUUUUAUGAAUUUUAACACACUAGCUUUUAACGUAACGUUAUUAAUGGUUAAUAAUAAAUAGGAAAAAAUACUUAUCGUAACAGGUUUUUUGUAUUAAAAAAAAAAUAAAUAAAUGAAACAAGUUAAGCCAGAAUUCUUAAUUAUUCAAGGUCUUUGUCUAUUCAAAGCGACCGAAAAUAAUGUACAGGCUCGCGAUAUUUCGCUUAAAAAAAAAAAUUAUUCAUGUAAUAUGAUAUUGAUAUUAUGAUUCUAAGAAUGCAAUAAUCAUAGUAAUAUCAUCAAACUAUCAUUCACUAUCGCCAUUCAGAGAUAGUUUGUAGAAUUUUAAUCCCCCCCCCCUACCCCUUUGCUACUAUUAAAAAAUGAAAACUUUCUGCAAAUUUUUCAGAAAGUGAGAGAGAGAGAGAAUAAAUAAGAAAUUAUAUAGCAAAAAAAAUGUCCUAAACAAAUUUUGAUUUAAAUUUUUAAUCAAUCGCUAUAAAUAAAUAAAUCAAAAAUCUUGUUUCUACUGAAAAUUUUUGCUCGAAUAGUGAUAAUUGAGUGGAAAAAAAAGGAAAAAGAUAUUAGAAAAAUUUCAUUAAAUGAAGAAAAUUCGAUUGUUAAAAAAGUCAUAUUUUUUUGUGUUUUCAUUUUUCAAAAAAUUUUUCUCUAUUUAUCUCUCGAGUUGUUUGGUUUUUAUUAUUAUUAUUAUUAUUAUUAUUAUUAUUAUUAUUAUUAUUAUUCAAAAUAUCGUAGUAUUAUGAUUCUAUUGUUGUUGCUGCUGCUAUUACUGCUGCACGAUUAGAGAUAUUAGCUUGUUGCGUUUUAUUAUGAAAAUGAUACUGCUCAAUUAAAUAAUUAAAUGAUGAAUGAAUUUUGCUCAGCAUAAUAAUGUUGACUGUCGUCUUUUUAAAAGGGCCAAGAGCGAAAGGAAAAGGGAAAUAAAAAAAAAUCAUCGCGAAUUUUUUUUUUCUAUUUUCAAGUUCGAAAACCCUUUAACUUUUUUUUAAAUCGCACUUUAAUUAAAAGUGGGCUCUUAUGGCACAGUGAUAUUUAUAUUCGCUUAUAUAUAUUAUACUAACAGAUAUAGAAAUUAUUAUUAUUAUAUAUUAUCACUGACUAUAUGGAAAAUAUCGUUUAGGAAUAAAUAAUAAAAAAAUUGCUUAGUAAUGUAAAAAUUUAAAGAAAUUGAGAAGUUGAAAUUGCGCUUAAGGGAAAAAAAAUGUUAAAAGAACAAAAAGAUGUUGCUGAAUUAUUUUUAAAUAAAAUUUUUGUUUGCAAUUAUUGGAGGUUCUUUUUUUCUUUUUGUUUAUGUCACUGUGCUAUAUAUUGUCUUCGAUUUUGAAAUAUUAUUAAUGCUUUAUUUCUUGAAUACACACAGUCCAGUCAAAUUUUAUAGUUACCACUACAUACCAGUCAGUACCUUUUGUUUCUUAUUAAUACUAUAUUUCAACUUCCAUUUUAAAAUGCGUGACAAGAAUUAUAUAAUGUAAUAAUUAUUUAAAUACAAAUAAAUCACUUUUGUAACAUAUCUGCGACUCUUUUAUAUAAUAUAUAUGGCAAAUCAUAUUUAUACUAUAUUAUGAAUUUACAAACUACAAAAUUGUAUAAUUUACUACAUAUAUUACACAGUAAAAAAAAUGGUGUUUUUGCAAAAAUAAUAAAUCAAAAUUCUUCUGUUUUUUUUCUAAUUAUAAAAAUGAUCAAAAAAUAAGUCUCAAAAACAGUUAUGGAUCAAAAGACCAAAGUGGAAAAAAAAUUGAUUUAGUAAUGGCAAUCAAAAGCAAUCACGACAAAUUUAAAAAAAAAAUACUUAUGUAUCUUCAUUAAUUUAUUAAUUAUUCUCAAUUUUAUGUGGAACUGAGAAUUAUUUCUGGAUAUGCACAAAAUUAGCAAACUAAUUUUGAAUUUUGCAGUUAUAUUCGCACAGAUCCAAUUUCCAGUUUAUAUUGUAUUAAUAAUACAUAUUUCUUCCGGUGCAUUUCUUAUCAUUAAAGUCAACGCGAGAAAAAAUAAAAAAAAAGAAUAAUCACCUUUUUUUUUUGUUUUAAGAGAAUCCAAGUGCCAAUCAUAGCAAAAAUAAUGCUACAAUUUUAUUAUAAUAUAUACAUGCUUUACCUAGUACAUACACAUGCAUAAUAUACAUAUAAUAGCACAAUAAUACAUAUAUAUCUAUAUCUUAUUAUAAUGAGAACUUUUUCACUCUCGAGGGCUAAAUAACACAAGAAGCAACAAUAAAUUUAAAUAAUCGCGCGUGCGAAUUUAGUCAAAGUCGUCCUACUAAUUUUUUUGCGUGAAAAAAAAACUCGAAAUUUCUACUCGAAAAAAAUUUUUUUUUAUAUAGCCAACUUCAUGAGACUAAAUAUACAAUUUUGAUCCAUUUACAUAACUUUAAAAUGAAAAACGUAUUUUUUUCAUAAUUCAUAUAUUUUUACAAUUUUUUCUUAAUGAAUUUUAUUGGAAAUAUGCAUGUUAGGAUUUAUAAAUAAUUUCCUAAAUGAAUUAUUGUAAUUCUCUUUUUAGAAUUUUUUCCUUCAAUUUGAACUUAAAUUUCUUUUUAUUUGUAUUUAUUUUUCUGAAAAUGUCAAAGUCAUUGGCAGAACUUUUAUCUUUUUUUUCAUUUUAAAAUUAUGUCAGGGAGAAAACUUUAUAUAUUUAAAUCACACACAGUUACCAACAUUAUGGUAUAGGAAACAAAAUAUUUAUUAUUUAUAUUUUAGAAAAUAUUUACAAUCAGAUCUAGUGCAAUAAUUACGUUUGCUUUUUAGAUUCAAAAUCAAAAUCGGUCGGCAGUACCGAUGGAUUUUAACAUGAGAAGCAAACGGAUUUAGUUCCUUUUAAAAUCAAUAUUGGUUGUACUAUAUUUUCAAUAUUUAUUAUUUUAUUAUAAUUUUAUAUUUAAUUUUUAUUUUUUGUUUAUUUUGUUUUAAUUUUCUUUUUUUUUCAGAGAAAUUUCGAGUUUUUAUAAAAUCAGUAAACGUUAUUUUUGAAAAGUAAUAAAUACCUUAUUAUUAUUAUAUAUUUUUUGGAACUUUUUCGUCAUCAACAAUUUUAUUUAUCUUUUUUAGAAAAAAAAGAUUUUCAGAAAUGUAAAAAAAAUUUAAAUUUACAAAAAUGAAAAAGACGGCAGACAAAUUAUGCAUGCUCGUUGUUGUAAUAUUACAAUUUUGACUGUGAUGCUACAUUUUAUAUAUAUAUAUAGUUCAUAUAUUACGUUCGUAAAUACUUCUUUUCAACGAUGUUUGCAUUUUUUGUGCCGUGACACCAAAUUCAAUAAUUUCUUUAUUUUGUUGCUUAGAUGUGAUAUUAAGCUCUCAUACAUUGUUUUCCUUUUCUCCUUUUUUGUUUUUUUUCGUUUUUUGUUUUUUGUUUUACUCUACACAUAUUGAAAUUAAUUUCAAUCGGUCACUUGGCAGAGUUGGAUGCGCAUAAUAUUUAUUUUCCAAUUAAAUUUCGAUCAUUUUUCACUAAAAUUUGUUUCAAAUUUUAUGCCACAAAAAAAAAUAUUCUAAAAUUGAGAAUAUUUUAAUUCUUAAAUAAUAUUUUAAAAAUCGUAUCGAUGGAAUUUAAGAAUAAAAUGCAGCUCAAUUUCAGAAUUUUUUUUGUUUGUUUUCAUUUUGUAUCUUAUGUUUAAUAAAUUUUUUAAUUAUUAUUAUUUGAAAAUCAAUAUAUAUAUAUUGUUGUAAAAAAAAGCAAUGAAUUUGUGGAACAAAAUUAGGAAAAGUAUGAAUGUUAUAAAAAGAAAAUGAAAUUUAGAUUUGUAGUUGAAAUUAAAAAAAUAUUUGUUAUGAUUCAAAAACCGACUCUGGUUGUAUAAAAACUUUUAAAGCUCAGUCGCGUUGUUCUACUUUGUUGAUAAAAUUUCUCUCAAUAAUGAUAUUAGAGAAAAAGUACGAACAAUGUUUUUUUUUUUUUAAUGAAAAUGCGAAUAUUUUCAAAAAAAAAAAAAAAAAAAAAAAAAUCAUUAGGAAAAGCAAAUUGUUAUAUAUGUUGGAAUGUGUGGCUGGAAAUUUAUUUUUUAGUACUUGAAAAAAGAAAUAAUUUUUUUAUCAUUAAGUCCAGGAAAAGUCGACUCGAAAAACAAAAUUUUUUUCAUCGAUUUUUCCUAGUCAUUAAAUUUUAAUUUACAUAAUAUUAUAUUUUAGAAAAAUUAUAUAAAUCUUUCAGAGACAAAAAAACAAAAAGGAGCAAAAGUAAAAAAAAUAUUGAAAAGAAACUUGUGCAAAAUUAUUUUUUAGAGUUUUGCAAAAAAGAAAUUUUAAUUUCAAAAUGUGAUUAUUUUGCACGGAUUUCUUAAAAAAAUAUAUAUAAAUAUAUAUAAAUAAGAAACAAAAAAAAAAUGUCAGUUUAUAUAGCAAAAUAACGUGGUUUUUUAUCAAUAUUUCCCAAUAUCAAAUAUAUGUAUUUGCGAAACAAGGAGGAAAAAAAUACAAUAUUUACCUAUAUAUAUAUAUAUACUAAUUUAAUAAAUAUUAAAAAAAAAAUGAUAAAAAAUAAACGAAAUCCAUAGGCCAUUGUGAACACGCGUAAAAAAUACCGACGAUUAUUAUUUUAUAAGAGGCGUGUAAUAUUUGGAUGACUGUAUAAGUGUGCGACAAACAAAAAGGGCCUUGUGAAGCGAAUUUCCUUAAGGCGUCGAUUUGCUUGAAAGGAAAUAAAAAUUUAAGGCGAUUUAAAUAAGUUACAUUAUAUCGUAUACAAUAAAACAAAAAAACAAAAAAUAACAAAAAAACAAAAAAAAAAAAAAUGUACCCGUGACUCUUUUAUUGACGACGACUGCAUUGCUCCCCUUGACAAAGGCUCGUAUAUCCAUUAUAUAGUUGUAUUUGCAAUUUAUUAUCUAUAUAUUAUUAUAUUCAUUAAUUAAAAUAAAAAAAAAAGUAUAUUAUAUAUAUAUUUGGUAAAGAAAGGAACGUAUAUGAAUGAUUCGAAAAAUUAUAAGCCCUCUCGGGGCGGCGGGGGAGAAGUACUGAUAGAAAAAAAAUCGAUCGUUUUUUAAAAAAAAUUCUUUUUUCCAGUUUCUUUAAUAUUUUUAUUUUUAAUCAGUUUUUUAUCUUUUUUUUUUUGUUAAUGGAAAUAAUUUUCAUUUGGUGAAUAUUAAAGAGACAAAGAAAGAAAAAAAGGAGUGAAGAGAUAAUUGAUAAUAAUUAAGUACUCGUAAAGUGGGAAAAAUAAUUUUAGUUGACUUUGUUGCCCUGAAAAAUAAAUGUGACUGCUAUAUUAUAUAAUCACAAAUAAGUAAGGGAAAUUUAAAUAUUGUUACCUGACAGGUGCUCAUGUUUUAAUUUUAACAAUCAAUUGUUACGUUCCUAUCUUUACUCGCUUCUGUUUUUAAUAUUGGAGAACAUGCAUAUUUCGAAAAAGCAUUAAAAAAACACGAAAAAAAAGUGAAUAAGUCGAUGAAGUUAUAAUUAGAUUUAAUAUAAAACGAUGAUGAUGUUAAUUGAUAUAAAACGAAAUGAAAUGCUGAUGUAGGAGAGAGAGAGAAAGAAAGAGAGAGAGAAAAAUAAAGGAGUAUGUAUAAUAUGUAUUUUAAGCAAGGCAACAAUUUACAUUUAUAUUAACGGUAACGAGUAACAAAUACAUAUGUGGGUUGUGCAUAAAAAAAUACGUAUGUACGUGUUUUGGUUAGAGCUUAUCGAGAAUAAUAAUAAGAAAUACCAUUUUAUUUCUCUUGUCGUAUAUAGCUUUAUAAAAAAAAAAAAAAUAAUUAAUUGAGUUGAGUUAGAAUAAUUCAAAAGAAACACACACAAUUAAAGAACAAUUUAUUUUCAUCAAUGACCAGUAAAAUAAAAUAAUUUUUAUUCAUAUGCCAAUUGUGCUUGUACUUCCGUCCCAUAAUGGGCAAUCGUGAAAUCUCUUAUUUGAGAUUGCUAAACACCAAAGACAAAAAAAAAAAAAAAAAAAAACAUUCUAACUCUCCUUGAAAUAACAAUUUUCAUUUUUCAAAAGAAAAUUAAAAAGUAUUUUUCUUUUAAAAAUGAAUUUUGAUUAUUAUUAAGAGCAUUUCUAAAUAAUUAUUUGAAAUUCUCAAAAAAAAAAAUUGUUUUUUUUUCCCCCAAAAAAUAUACGAAGAGAAAAAAUAAAAAUUGAUAAAUAAUAUUUAAAUCAAAAAUCAAUGGUGAAAUUAUUAUUAUUAUUAUCAUCGAAAACUUAUCUCCCAUAAUUUAAAAUCAUAUUUUGUUUUAAAUAAAAAUAAUUUUUAACAAAAUUUCUCUGAUAUAAAAUAAAAUUUAAAAAAGAAUUAUUUCUGUGAUUAAAGAAAUAUUCAAAUAAUUUUUCUCUUGGGAGAAAAGAAAAUUUUCGAUUUCUCGAUUAAUUACUCUUUCCAAAUCACAGCUUGUGAGCGGUGAAAAAAUUUCCAGAAUAUAAUAUUAUUAUUAUUAUUAUAAUGGAAACAUCCAUCGCAAACGACAGGAUUUAUACAAUUAUUUAUUCAAACGACUUGCCAAGUUCAUUGCACAGUAUAUAUCGAGAGAUAAAUUCGAGAAAGAUUUUAAGGAUUAACGAAUGAGACGUAUAUAGACAUUGAGAAUUUUCAUGAGAUAUUGAUGUAUAUAUCUUAAGUUUGUAUUAUAACUCCCCACUUAAUUUGUAUGAAAUGGAAGUAUCAUUAAAAUGAUGAUGAAAACAAA